AGGGGAUGACAAACCUCACUCACCUCUAAAACCCUGGCACACGACCAAACACAAGAGAAGAAGACAGUGAAAAUAUUCGAAAAUGGGAAGAGCGGCUCUCUUUCAUCUUCUGAGAUCACAGUCCAAGACCCUUCGUUCAUCCUCCUACUCAGGGAUUCAUCUUUACAGGUCGGUUCCAAAUCGAUUGAACAGUGAGGCAACUUUGAGUCCCUGUAUCCAGAUCAAUGGUUUCCAGAAAAGAUGGGCUUCACGAGCCACUACAGCUGAAGACAAUGGAAAGCUCAGUAUUGGCCCAAGAAAAGUAGCAGAAGAUGGGGAAAAUGAAAAAGACUCUGGGAUUGUCUACUAUGGACCAAUUUCUUCGACCAUAAAGAAAGUAAAGCUUUUAUCACUUUCAACAUGCUGUCUCUCUGUAUCAUUAGGUCCAGUUGUGACAUUCAUGACAUCACCUGAUAUGAAUGUGAUCCUCAAGGGUGCAGUGGCUUCAUCAGUCAUAUUCCUCAGUGCUACUACCACUGCAGCCCUUCACUGGUUUGUGAGUCCUUAUGUUCACAAGCUGAGAUGGAGGCCUGGUUCUGAUACAUUUGAGGUGGAGAUGUUGUCUUGGUUAGCAACUUACAUUCCCAAGACUAUUAAGUUUUCUGAUAUUCGUCUUCCCGAGACAAAUCGGCCAUUUGUGACGUUUAAGGCCAAUGGGAACUUCUAUUUUGUUGAUGCAGAUCACUGUCAUAACAAGGCCUUGUUAGCAAGAUUGACUCCAAAAGCAAAUCCGGAGACUGGAUUCAAAAAUUUGUGAUUUAUGAUGUUGAUGAAUGAGGAAUAUUUAUGUUAUUCUAUCACAUCAUAAAUAGAGAUUUUGGCAUUUUGAGAUUUAUAAGACUGCAUACCUUAAGUAUAGGCUGUUUAGUUAAUGGUCAUUAAGAAACAAAAUAAUUUUGGUUGUGAGAUUUUUCCUCAACACUGAACUACACUUUUUCUUUUCUUGCAAUUACAAUUCUUUCUUUUGUGGCUUUCUAUUAUGUAAUUUCCCGGUUUAUGACUUGAAUUGUGCACUAUUCAUUCAUUUCAUUUGGGAUCA